AGGAGCGGGAGCGGAUGUGCAGCAGCAGCCGGUGUGCGGCCGCGGCGCGAGCAGGAUGUGUAAAGGAUAAAUGCCAAGCGCCAAAAUGAGCGUGACGUCGUGGUUCUUGGUGAGCAGUACUGGCAUUCGCCACCGGCUCCCUCGGGAGAUGAUAUUUGUUGGCAGAGAUGACUGCGAAUUGAUGCUCCAGUCCCGCAGUGUUGAUAAACAACACGCUGUAAUCAACUACGACAAGGAGAAAGAUGAGCACUGGGUGAAGGAUCUCGGGAGCUUGAAUGGCACGUUUGUGAAUGACGUGAGGAUUCCUGACCAGAAGUACAUCACCCUAAAGCUGAACGAUGUCAUCCGCUUCGGCUACGAUUCAAACAUGUAUGUCCUGGAGCAGAUUCAACACAAGGUCCCAGAAGAAGCGUUAAAGCAUGAGAAGUACACGAGCCAGCUGCAGAUGAAUUUCAAGGGCACAGCAAUGAAGAGGGCGGAUCAGUCCUUGGAGCACGGAGUCUACAGCGAGUCCCCGCAAGCCAAGCUGGAGAAAGGAGAGAGGAAAGCAGUUUCAGAGACCAACACUUAUCGCACCCCUCUUUAUGGCCAGCCCUCCUGGUGGGGGGAAGAUGAUGCAAAUAACAAGGAGGACAGAAGACACGAGGAGCACUACUCAGAAAGAUCAAAAGAGAUAACGCAACAUGAAGAAGAGCUGAAUGGUAACAUUUCUGCUUAUAGAGAUUCCCAAGAACAGUCUGUGUUUGCGUUCCGGAGAGAGCCAAGUUACUUUGAGAUCCCAACUAAAGAAUUUCAGCAGCCAUCAAAGUCUCCAGAAACACAGGUCCACGAAAUACCCACAAAGGAUGUUGAUGCAAUAGUGACCCCAGUUGUGCAAAGUCAUGCCUCUUUCACCAUUGAGUUUGACGACUGUACCCCUGGUAAAAUAAAAAUAAAAGAUCAUGUAACUAAAUUUUCGCUCAGACAGAGAAGACCGUUCGGUAAGGAACCCGCUCACACAGAAGUGAUGUCAGCAGAGAGCAAAGUGGCUGACUGGCUUGUCCAGAAUGACCCCAGCUUGAUGAGACGACAGUCUCCAGGAGAUGAUGUGUUCAGCACAAAGAGUGACCUGCCAGUUCACGUGAGGACGCUUAAAGGCAAUAGACACGAGGACGGGACACAGAGCGACUCCGAAGACCCUGUGGCGCCCAAGGCAGAAAAGGAGUCGGCGACGGGCAGUGAACGCGCCGCAGAGCAAACGCGGCUGCAGCGCCAGAUGAGGCGCGAUCCCCACGAGAUGCUCCACAACAAGCAGGCCUUCGUCAUCGAGUUCUUCGAGGACACGCCACGGAAGAAGCGCUCGCAGUCCUUCACGCACAGCGCUCACUCCUCCCAGAGCGACACCGACCCGGGGCUCAAGGGCAAGGUUGAAAAGCGCAAGAACGCGGUGCCCGCGGAGAAGCCGGGAAAUGCAGCGCCCUCAUCCCACCUUGGGGCUCAGGCGGGAAAACCGGCCAACAGCUCCUCUGGAGCCCAAAGAACUGGUUCCUUCAAGAGAGAGAAGACUGAAGAUAGGAUCAACUCUUCCUCCUCCACUUCCAAAUCGUCAGCCAGAACUUAUGGGAGCGUUGGGAGGAAGUCUAAAAUGGCUCAGGAUUUUAUGGCUGAGUAUCUGCGUGAGACUGCUCAGUCUGGGAAGCCAAGUGCUGAGAAACCAGUACCUCUGCCCAUGCCCGUAGCUCCCCGAGUGGUUAUAUCAUCAGAACCAGAAUCGGCCACUGCUCCACCUCCCGAGGUGAAGUCAGCCCAGACCAGGAGGAACGAUGAGGAGGACAGCGUGAGUGAGACGGGCACUUACACCAUCGAGACAGAGUCACAGGAUAAAGAGGUGGAGGAAGCACGAAAAAUGAUAGAUCAGGUUUUUGGUGUUCUCGAGUCACCCGAGUUUUCCAGGAUAUCUUCAGCCUUUAGGCCAGUAAUAAAAGGUGAAAAAGACGAUGCUGGUUCUCAUCAACAUCUAAUCAGUGAAAAUGGCACUAGUCAGAAGCCGCCCUUGCUUCAGGCAUUCGCCUCAAAAACUAUGAGUGGGUCUCAGGCUGAAACGCAGAUGUCAGCGGCGUCUCAAGGGAGUCAGAAGUGGGUGUCGAGGUGGGCGAGCCUUGCAGACAGUUACUCUGAUUCUGGAUCUGUUUCUGGGCAGGGUGAUGGUGGUGCAGAAAGUGGUGUAGCCCCAAAACCCGGGGAGCCAGAGAAUAUCGUGCCCUCGAGAACCAGGCGCCUCCUUCCCCAACUCCCACCAAGCGACAAAUCGGACAGCCCCACGCCUACGGUUCUGGUUUGUCAGGAGUCCUACACGGAGGUUACAAAGAGAAGUGUCGUAAAGGAUCACUGYGUGGAAGCCUACGGCGAUCCCAACGGCCAGCUUUUCAUCCAAGAAGACUUGGAUCCAGACAGCCUCAGUGAUGCCAGCAGAUCCGAUGAUGGCUUCACUACAGAAAAAGGCAGGAAAUAYAAAGAGAACAAUAAAAUGCUAGAGCAGAUGGGGGAGGAUACAAAAAUUGAGACCCGGCAGCCAGGAGCCCCCCGAGUCACAAAUGUGAGAGCUGUGAGCGAGCCAGUUGCUGCUUCUUUCUACAUUGGUGAUGACAGCAACGAUGUGGGGAUCCCUUCCAAGCUCUCCCUGAGCAUGUCCCAUGCUCGAGCAGACAAGGAAGGCAAGGAGCAGGAGUUUUCCUUCAAGGCUACUGUUGCACCUGUUUCUGGAAAGCCACCAGUCAAAGAUGUAAACGCUUACAUUAAUGCAGCAGGAAAAAUGGUUAUUUCCCUUCAUCAGAAUCUUCCUCAAGACCAGGAGAACGUAGCAGGAAAGGAAACGUCAUCUUUUGUCAGACAGGAAAGUUUUACCAAAGAUAAAUCAAGCAGUGCCGUUCCUCAAAAUAAACUUCCACAUAUUUCAAGUCACCCUCUGCUCAAAGAUUUAGAGGCUGUUCGGUCAACACGUAUGGACUUCGGUCAGGACACUCAUCUUCUCCUCAAGGACACUGAAACUGCCUUGGCAGCGCUGGAAGCCAAGUUGCUUGGUCAAAGCCAGCAGCUGGAGUCCUCGGAUACUGCUGGUCAGUUGGAGGACUCCUUGUCGGGGGACUCUGAUGUGGACACAGCCAGCACGGUCAGCUUGGUGAGCGGCAAAAACGUCCCCACGAGUGCCCCGAAACGCAAAGCGGUCGCGGGUUUGCAGAAGGAGAAAUCCUCCUCCACGCCGUCCAUCCAGGACCAGUGUGGGCAGCCCAGCGCUCGGGAGCGGCUGACGGAAAAGCGGAAGACGCAAGUGCCGGAGGCAGCGAGCMGGGUAGAGGCAACCAAACGCUUCCAAAUGAAGCGCAGUGCCGGGGCGCGAGGGUCCCUCGAUUUCACAGACGAUGAGAGAAGCUCGAGCCUGCCCUACCUGCCGGUCCCCGAGGCCGUGGCCUCCGACCACGAGCACUCAGUAGCCCGGCCAGUUCCAAGAAGGAAGCCUUUCGCCCAAGCUGCUAAAGAGGAUCAGAGCAAAACGACAUCAAACGUGCAGAAGAUCCAGCAGGUCCUCACGCGCUCCAACAGCUUAUCCACCCCACGGCCCACGAGGGCCUCCAAGCUGCGUCGUGCCCGGCUGGGAGACACUUCGGACAACGAGGGCGYCGACACGGAGAAAACAACUUCCAACCCCGACGCGCCCACAGGGGCCAAGCAAUCCAUGGAGACCAAAAAGCUUUCCCGGCUCGACAUCCUCGCCAUGCCGAGGAAACGGGCCGGUUCCUUUACGGUGCCCAGCGACUCCGAAACGGCGCAGCCCAGGACGGGGUUCUCGGGCCGCAGCGUGGAUGCCUACCGGAAAACGGCGGUUUCGGAGGUGAGAGCCGCGGCCAGGAAAACGGCCGCCGCUGCCUCGGCCAAGCAGCCCUUCAGCAGAACCCGCUCCAGCAGCGUCAAGUAUUCCUCCUCUUCCACAUCAAGGAGGCGACCACAGGGUUCAGAUUACACUUCUACUUCGGAGGAAGAAUAUGGCUCAAAUCACAGCUCCCCUAAACACAAACGCUCCCAUACUUCAACAGCCACACAAACACCGAGGAUACGUGGUCCUGGCUUGAGCAAGCAGAAACACAACAGCAGAGAAACAGAUGAUGAUGAAGACUUUGAUGAUCAUCCGGAUCCCUACAACUUCAUUGCACAAACUGCAGAGAUAGCAGAAAUAGCCAGAUUAAGCCAGACCUUGGUAAAGGACGUGGCCAUCCUCGCUCGGGAGAUUCACGACGUUGCUGGAGACGGGGACUCGCAGAGCUCGUCGGGGACGGGCCCGAGCACGUCCCUCAGCUCGGUGCCCAACACUCCUGCUUCCACCAUAUCGGCGAGGGAAGAGUUGGUGCAGCACAUUCCAGAAGCAAGUCUGAACUACCAGAAAGUGCCUCCRGGAUCAGUAGAACUGAAGGAUUUUGACCAAAAUAUGAAUGAUAAUAGAGAAGAGGAUCCUUCAAGAAAAACAAGGACAAGGAACCGUGAGGAGGUAAUCUUUGACAACCUGAUGCUGAACCCGGUGUCCCAGUUAUCCCAUGCAAUCCGUGAAAAUACUGAAAACCUAGCUGAAAAAAUGAAGAUUCUGUUUCAGAACUCAGAAAGGACCUGGGAAGAGAUGGAAGCCAAAAUCAACUCRGAAAAUGAAGUGCCAAUUCUGAAAACAUCAAACAAGGAAAUCAGUUCUAUCCUGAAGGAGCUCAGGAGAGUUCAGAAACAACUUGAAGUCAUAAAUGCUGUCAUUGACCCUACUGGAAACUUGGGUGUGGUUGCCAGUAACAAAGCAUCUUCUGCUGCUAAGCAAUCUACAGCCACUAAAGUCAGGACUGCUAACACUUCUGGGUCCACACUGGAGACAUUGUCCCCAGCGCAGAUGAGAAACUACGCACAGAAAUCGAACUGUGGUUCUUCUAGCUUACAGGAUUCAAAUUUCAUUCCAGAUGGAGAGAAAUAUGUGAUCUGAUACAGUAUUUUGUAUUGCUAUCCUAUUGUAAUCUACUGUUGUAUUAGUACUGUGUAUGAGUGAUUUGUGGACAGUUGUGUGGAGCAGUUGUUUAGAUUGCUAACACAUUGCACAAAAAAAAAAGAAAUCUAUGCUGUGAGGGUGAAUGGCAAAGUCUGUGUAUGCCUUUUAAAGAAGACUAGCACUGUGGAGCAGCACACAUUCAGCAGAGAGGCAAACUGAUAUUUAGAAAGUUACUCAACUUAUUCUUCCAGAGUGCCAUAAGAAAACAGGCUUUACCCUCCAUUCAGUACUGCCRAAACAAAAGUGUUCUUGCAUUAGCCUAUUUAUAAUUAUUCAAUUGUAAUGAGGUGUGAUUUAAAAAGAAAAAAGAAAUACUUUGUUUGGCACUAGAUUUGCUUUGGUUUUGUUCAUUUGUUUUAAUUUUACAAGCGGAGCAUUACAACUCUGUUGGAAUCAAUGUGCAAAUCCAACAGAAUGGUGGUGCAAUAUAGCAGGUUUCUAGGAGAAACUCUUAUUACAGCUGUGUAAAAAAAAAAAAAAAAUCCUUUUUGGUGUCUGUGAAAAGGAGACAACACUGAAGUUGUGUAUCGUGUUUUCAGUCCAAAAAGCAAAAUGAGACAGAACCCUUUGUUUUUCCAUUGGAAAAGUGUUAAAAGAUAGCUAUGAUGGUAUGAAUGUAAAAAUAUUAAUGCAGUUACUGUUUUUAACCAUAUUUCAGGCCCAAAGUUUCAGGUAUAGGUACAAAAAAUCAGAUUUUGCAGUUUAGCUUGCCAAACUUUCAUGAUUUUGGUACAAUUGUCAUCUUUAAGCUUUCUGUUUCAUUUUAAUAUCAAAUAUUUUCACAGUGAGCUACAAAUGCUCCUGUCUGGGCCAAAGACCAAGAUGUCUGUGAUCAGCUAAUUGCUAAGAAAAGCAUCUGUUCCAAUGGCUCCUAUAAUAGACUUAAUUGCACAGUUGCUGUGAACUAGUGUUCACUUGAUGGCACUCUAAAAAGAACRGCUUAAAUGUAGCUCCACCUUUGCUGCUAGUUCUGUCAUGCAUUUCUUUUCAAUGCAAAUGUGCUUGAAAACCUGCCAUCCUCUGGUGUUCUUCAGAAACUGUUCAACAGUGUCAAGGCACUUGGUGCAUUUGAGAUUUUUGUCUGAAUUUGAUUUUUGGUCAGUUAUCUUAGGAACACUAAGGGUUAUUUGCAGUUGCACUGAGCAAUUUCUUGUUUAAAAAAAGGUUGCAUUUUGUAUUCUGUCUUUCAGUUGAGCUGCAAAAUUCUAGGCAAUUUUGUGAGAAGAAGAAAAAUGUAAGAAUGUUUUUUCUUCUUUGUAAGAAAAAAAACAAUGUUUUUGAGGAGACCUCUUCCAGAUUCAUUUGCUCCACCCAGUAUGGUGUUYUUCCCGUCUUGUAUUGAUUCCUUUAACAUUCUUCUUGGUUAAUAAAAAUGAUCAGGUAAAGAAAACUAAUCUUCUUUCAUAGUUACAGAGGAUUUGGAAAGGUGAGCAGAUGAGUUCCAUUUUGCCCUUAUACAGUGUAUCGUUUAACUAGUGAAAAUGCUUUCCUAAGCUUCACUGCUUCUUGUGUGCUGGCUUCACAUUUUGGGAUGGGUAAGGGGUGCUUUAUAGUUAGCUUCAGUAGUUACCCGAGCUUUUUUGCUAGGAUAUUGUAAAAGUGGGAACCAGUUAAAAUAAUUUAAAUAUAUAGGGAUGUUCACACAGACUUUAAUCUUCUAGCAAAGAGCGUGAUUUCUUUCCUGAUGAAGCCAGUGAAAGCUUUCUAUUGAUUUCAGCAGAGACAGGAUCAGUCCCAAAAUGGGAUAUGCCAACAGGCCAUUAGUUUCUUUUAAGUGUGGAAGAUGCUCGCUGGCAAACAGUAGGUAUAAAUAUCCUUUGAAGAGUUCCAGUAGGUGAUAAACCUCAUCUACUUGUGCAGAGAUGCUCUUCUGUGAAGAAAUCUACUGGAUUUCACAUAGAUGAYGACAACAUUAAACAUACUCUGCAGAAUUAAAAAACAUAUAUAUCCUUGAUACGUUCCUCUACCUGUAAUAUGUGAGUUGUCUGAAUGUGGUGUUCAUUCAGUUGUCUAUUCUGAUCUGUCUUUUCUUGAAAUACCUGACCGUGUCCUUGAUGAAUCUCAUAAGUGGUAGAAUUGUUCCUGACGUAGACGAUACACCCUUUUUUCGAGCCCUUCUCAACUCGGGUUUGAUACGACCAGGUGCUACCCCAACUCACUGAGAGCUGAAGGACCUUCACAGAUUAAGGUAUUGCAGUUAGUUUUAGUUCUCCGUAGAGACACACUAAUUACAUAAUUACUCUGAAGACAUCUGAUUUUUAUUAUUACUUGUUACCWUGCUUACAUAUUUUCAUGGCUAUGCUCUAGUGGAUUUUGUUUCUUUUCAGUGUGUCCAUGAUGACUUCUGUUUACUUUCACUUGAAAAUUGCUCGAGUGUUUUUUUCAUACAUGGACACAUCAGGAAUGGAUUUUCCUCCUUGAUUCCUCUGUUCUGAGUUUGAGAGAGAGCCCACAGACACCUUACAUCAAUUAAAUCAACUCAUAAAAUAUAUGGUACCUCUACAAAUGACUAAUAGGGAUGCAACAGCUGGUGUCUGUUAAUAAUUUUGAAAGAGUAUGUGUGGAGUAGGGGGAGAACAUCUUGAUUUGUUUUACUUAUGACUCAACCAAAAUAUAAAAUGCUUCUGUGUCCCGACACAGCAUUCAUGCUUGGAUCUCUGCAUUCAAAACAGUCCUAGUAAUUGGUGGUGAAAUGUAGUCGUUUUUUCCGUAUUCACUGCUUCUGAAGUACACCCCAUUUGCACUUGUCUGCUCCAGAUAAGCCAAAGAGCUAGCCACGUGAUUAUAACUCCUUUAUUCACCUUAUCCAUUGCUUAUUCUCACGAGCAGUGCUGUAUGCUCUGAUGAAAACAUGCCUCUCUGUGAUUCCAGUGUGACCGUAGUAGCUGCACAGUGGUGUAUCUAGUUGGCCUGGGUUCAGUGCAUGGGAUUCCUGUUGGCUUCAGAGAGCUGAGGAUGGGCUUUUCUUUGAGCUUGCUAAGGGUGCACUGACCCGGGGGUCAUUCUCAUACCCUAUUGCUUUCAUGUUAUUUUUUUUUUUUUUUUUGUAUUUGACUAAAGAAAUGUAAUGAAGGGUGGGAUUUUCAAACUUUGAGGAAAGCAGGUGUUCAGGUCCUCUUGGUUGUCUGUACAAUUCAGGUGCCUGAUGCCUUGAGCACCUUCCAAAAUCCCAGUCCUUGGUUCAUCCAUUAUACUUGAAAACCAUGUUCUUAAUUCAGUUCUUUGAAAUGUAGAAACUUGUUACUCGGUUAUGAUGGAGUGAAUGUAAAUUCCCGAGAGAAUGUGUACAAGCUUUGUGAGCAAGGACCCAUGUAUCUACAGCAAUGUCAUGUUGUGGUCAUGCUGCAGGAGAAUAGAUCGUCUACAUCAUCUGUGAGUAAUUUUAGUAAAGGCAAAACUA